GAUGACGCAGAAGAAAGAAGGUGGCAGCGCCGUGAUUUCGAGGAAUCGGAUUUCUGUCGUUGCUCAUACACAUCUUCACGGUGGCGAGAACAUCGAAGAGGAGAAAGAUCGCAUCCAACCCCAAGAUUGAACAAAGCGAUACCAACGGAGACACAAUGGCACCAAAUCUCCCCUUCAAGUUGAACAACCCAGACUUGUUCCGCGACCAGGCUCUUUCUGGUGGAAACUGGGUAGAAGCUCAAUCAGGAAAGCGCUUUGACGUCUAUGAUCCGGGCAAUGGCAAGGUCUGGGCAACUGCACCAGAUUGUGGACCAGACGAUGUCGACGCUGCGGUGAAGUCCGCCAACGAGGCAUUCCACGAAUUUAAGAAGGUCAACCCACGGACGCGAGCUCAAUGGCUGCUGAAAUGGGACCAACUGAUUCGCGAGAACCGAGAUGACCUUGCCCAGAUCGUCACGCAUGAGUGUGGCAAGCCGCUUUUCGAAUCUCACGGCGAGCUCGACUACGCUCUGGGUUUCACGUGGUGGUUUGCUGGAGAGGCAGAGAGAGUGCAGGGAACCAUUCAGACGCCAGCAGCUCCAGGCCGACGAGUGUUCACGGUCAAGCAGCCAAUCGGUGUCACGGUUGCUCUCGUGCCAUGGAACUUCCCAAUCGCCAUGAUUCUUCGGAAAGCCGGAGCUGCGUUGGCGGCGGGCUGCACAAUGAUCGUGAAGCCAUCGCCCGAGACUCCAUUCUCUGUCGGUGCUCUUGCAUACCUUGCUGAAAAGGCCGGCUUUCCAAAGGGUGUGUUUUCGGUUCUCCCUACCAGCUUGGAGCAGACUCCUACGCUCAGUGAAGCACUCUGCCGACAUCCUCUGGUCAAGAAGGUGACCUUCACCGGAAGCACCAGAGUUGGCAAGCUCGUUGCGAAGAUCUGCUCGGAUGGUCUGAAGAAGUGCACACUGGAGCUUGGUGGUAACUGCCCGUUCCUUGUCUUUGACGACGCCAAUUUGGAACAAGCCGCUACUCAACUGCUUGCUCUCAAGUGGCGCCAUGCCGGCCAGGCAUGCAUUACUGCCAACCGUGUUUACGUCCAGAAGGGCGUUUACGACAAGUUCGCCGAGAUGCUCGCGGCCAAGACGAAAGAGAUUGUGGUAGGGCACGGUGCCGACUCCAAGACGACUAUGGGUCCAGUGACAACCGAGCGAAGUCUUGCAAAGGCUGAAGCCCAGGUUGACGAUGCUGUGAAGAACGGCGGUAAAAUUAUCUUGGGAGGCAAGAAGCUGCAUGGUACUGCUGGUUAUGAUGGAUACUUCUUCGAGCCCACAGUCAUCACUGGCGCUAAGGAUGGCAUGCUGAUCUCGCGCGAGGAGACUUUUGCGCCUGUGAUGGCCCUGUUCGAGUUCGAUACUGAAGAGGAGGCCGUACAGAAGGCGAACGACACCAGCAUGGGUCUUGCGAGCUAUUUCUUCACCAAGAAUGUCGACCGAACAUGGCGCUUGCUUGAGAAUCUGGAGGCCGGCAUGAUUGGCAUGAACACGGGCAAUUCCUCCGCGGCAGAGUCGCCAUUUGGCGGUAUCAAGGAGUCGGGCUACGGCAAGGAGAGCGGCAAGGAUGUCGCCGUCAACGAGUACAUGAUCACAAAGACUGGCACUUUGACGCUGGAAGGCCACUUUUAGAGCAACGCAGCAGGAUAUGCAGAAACAGGGCCGUGAGGGAAGAAUGCAUAGCGAUGUGCGAACGACCACGUGAUUUGUUCGGCGAAACUUUUCGGCGGUGCCGACCUCCCUUCC